GUCCCGCCCACCUGCACCUGCAGCCGGACAGUCCAGACAGAGAGACACAAACCGGGCAGCACGAGGGGGAGAGGUCCGCGGACAGCAUGGAGGAGUCCGACCUGCUGAAAGAGAGGCUGCAGGCCAUCACUGAGAAACAUCGCAUUCAGGAAGAUAUCAGACGAAAGAAACUGGAACUGGAUCAGGAGAAAGUCAAACUGCAGCACCUGAAGAAAAAGUCUCUGAGGGAGCAGUGGCUGCUGCAGGGAGCAGCUACCAACAAACAACAACAGAGCUCUCUGUGCGACCAGCAGGAGACCAAAGCUCUGCAGCUCAACAUCCACAGGAUAGAGAUGGACAUUUUUUCUCUGGAGAGAGAAGAGUCCAUCGUCUCCACCAAUGAGAGCUUCAUCCUCAACAGACUGAAGGCUGUGGAGAGAAGUGCAGAGGACAUUAUCAAGGAGGCUCAGGACAGCUUUGUUGCGCAGCCUGUCCAGGUCACCACAGUGGACCCUGAAGUCCCAGAACGCCCCCCUCCAGCUGCCAGCAAACCCUCCGCACCAACCUCACAAAGAAAGACUCUAUUUGCCAUGGAGAUCAAUGUGACCAAGAACCUGCUGACUGGAGAGAGUGCAGUCAUGUCCACUGCUACAGUUCCUCCUGAGGAGCUACACCAACACACCGGACUCAAGGUCUAUGAUGAUGGCAGGAAGUGUGUCUAUGCGCUCAGCUCACAACAGGGGUCACAUGAUCAGAGCUUUGUGUCCGAGCUAUCAGCCAAUGAGGUGGAGCAGCUGCUGAGGAGCGCCACGCUGCAUCGCCAAGCAAGCCACCCAAACUACAGCCAAAACCCCAGCACGAGGGAGGAGCUCUGUUUUUACAAUCACCAUGAUGACAGACGCACAGUGGGGGGAUAUGACCUCAUGAACAUGGGAGGUCCCCAUGGUAACCAUCUCCUCAGAAACAACAAGAUGGAGAAAGACUCCUGCUGGCAGAAAAAACAAAGUGCAGAGCGUCGCUACAGUCAUCAGGAAAACCAUCGCAGAGGGCAGGAAGAGAGAAACAACCAAAGCAACCUGAGAGACGGAGACCUCAGUGGGUUGAGUCACCACAAAGAGCGCCACUACAGUUCGUACCAAGUGAGGAACUGUCACAGUGUUCAUGAAGACCGACCGCCGGGCUGCCACACCAACGGCAUCACCAGAAGUAACAGCAGGGUCACUGGGGACAGAGCCAAUGGCUGCCCUCCUCCUAGAUCACAUGACCAGGAAGUAGUGUCUACCUACCAACCUCAGCUCUGUUACACACCAGCCAAUCAUAUUCCUCUCAGUGAUUACAUCAGCAUAGAUGAAGAGGAACUUUACUGCUUGGGUCAACCCUCCAGUCACAAAGGAAACCAGUCCUCUUCUCUGUAUGGUGACCCAUCCCUUCCUGACAGAGUGCCUUCCCCCCUCUACGAAGACCACACCCACUACACCAUCCUCAACGCUGUCGAGGCCACAGAACCCAUCACGGCCAUCUUUAUGGGCUUCCAGACGGCACAGGAUGACAGCAGGCAGGGCCAGGAUUUCGAUGGCUCCCUGAAGGCGGAGCUGGUCAUCAUCGAGGACAGCGAAGAGGACCAACAUGACACAGAGAAGAUCAGCAACGUCCAUCUAAAGAGCGUCAGUUUCCAAACAGGAAGUUCAGCCAACGGAAACACAAGACAGACGGGGAGACCGGUGGGACCAGGUAUCAGAAAGAUCCAGAAAAAACACAGACACUGCUGCACCGUCUGCUAGCUGGACUAACAAGUGCAUGCCUAAGUAUCCAAUUCACUAACCAGCAGCAACAGCCAGUCAACCUGUCCUUAACCAGCAGCAUCAGUCAGUCAACCAGUCCUUAAUCAGGAGCAUCAGUCAGUCCACUAGUCCUUAACCAGCAGCAUAAGUCAGUCAACCAGUCCUUAAUCAGCAGCAUCAGUCAGUCCACCAGUCCUUAACCAGCAGAAUCAGUCAGUCAACCAGUCCUUAACCAGCAGCAUCAUUCAGUAAACCAGUCCUUAACCAGCUGCAUCAGCCAGUCAACCAGUCCUUAACCAGCAGAAUCAGUCAGUCAACUAGUCCUUAACCAGCAGCAUCCAGUCAACCAGUCCUUAACUAGCAGAAUCAGUCAGUCAACCAGUCCAUAACCAGCAGCAUCCAGUCAACCAGUCCUUAACUAGCAGAAUCAGUCAGUCAACCAGUCCUUAACCAGCAGCAUCCAGUCAACCAGUCCUUAACUAGCAGAAUCAGUCAGUCAACCAGUCCUUAACCAGCAGCAUCCAGUCAACCAGUCCUUAACUAGCAGAAUCAGUCAGUCAACCAGUCCUUAACCAGCAGCAUCAGUCAGUCAACCAGUCCUUAACCAGCAGCAUCCAGUCAACCAGUCCUUAACUAGCAGAAUCAGUCAGUCAACCAGUCCAUUACCAGCAGCAUCAGUGAGUCAACCAGUCCUUAACCAGCUGCAUCAGUCAGUCAACCAGUCCUUGACCAGCAGCAUCAGUCAGUCAACCAGUCCUUAACCAGCUGCAUCAGUCAGUCAACCAGUCCUUGACCAGCUGCAUCAGUCAGUCAACCAGUCCUUAACCAGCUUCAUCAGCCAGUCAACCAGUCCUUAACCAGCAGCAAUCAGUCAGUCAACCAGUCCUUAACUAGACGAAUCAGUCAGUCAACCAGUCCAUAAUCAGCAGCAUCAGCCAGUCAACCAGUCCUUAACCAGCAGCAUCAUUCAGUAAACCAGUCCUUAACCAGCUGCAUCAGCCAGUCAACCAGUCCUUAACCAGCAGCAUCAGUCAGUCAACCAGUCCUUAACCAGCAGCAUCAGUCAGUCAACCAGUCCUUAAUCAGCAGCAUCAGUCAGUCCACCAUUCCUUAACCAGCAGCAUCCAGUCAACCAGUCCUUAACCAGCAGAAUCAGUCAGUCAAGCAUUCCUUAACCAGCAGAAUCAGUCAGUCAACCAGUCCUUAACCAGCAGAAUCAGACAGUAAACCAGUCCUUAACCAGCAGCAUCAGUCAGUCAACCAGUCCUUGACCAGCAGCAUCAGUCAGUCAACCAGUCCUUAACCAGCAGAAACAGCCAGUCAACCAGUCCUUUACCAGCUGCAUCAGCCAGUCAACCAGUCCUUAACCAGCAGCAUCAGUCAGUCAAGCAUUCCUUAACCAGCAGAAUCAGUCAGUCAACCAGUCCUUAACCAGCAGCAUCAGUCAGUCAAGCAUUCCUUAACCAGCAGAAUCAGUCAGUCAACCAGUCCUUAACCAGCAGCAUCGCUCAGUAAACCAGUCCUUAACCAGCUGCAUCAGCCAGUCAACCAGUCCUUAACCAGCAGAAUCAGUCAGUCAACCAGUCCUUAACCAGCUGCAUCAGCCAGUCAACCAGUCCUUAACCAGCAGAAUAAGUCAGUCAACCAGUCCUUAACCAGCAGCAUCAGUCAGUCAACCAGUCCUUAACCAGCAGAAUCAGUCAGUCAACCAGUCCAUAAUCAGCAGCAUCAGUCAGUCCACCAGUCCUUAACCAGCUGCAUCACUCAGUCAACCAGUCCUUGACCAGCAGCAUCAGUCAGUCAUCCAGUCCUUUACCAGCUGCAUCAGCCAGUCAACCAGUCCUUAACCAGCAGAAUCAGUCAGUCAACCAGUCCAUAACCAGCAGCAUCAUUCAGUAAACCAGUCCUUAACCAGCAGCAUCAGUCAGUCAACCAGUCCUUAACUACUUGCAUCAGUCAGUCAACCAGUCCUUAACCAGCAGAAACAGCCAGUCAACCAGUCCUUAACUACUUGCAUCAGUCAGUCAACCAGUCCUUAACCAGCAGCAACAGCCAGUCAACCAGUCCUUAACCAGCUGCAUCAACCAGUCCUUAACCAGCAGAAUCAGUCAGUAAACCAGUCCAUAACCAGCAGAAUCAGUCAGUCAACCAGUCCAUAACCAGCAGCAUCAGUCAGUCAACCAGUCCUUACCCAGCAGCAGUCAGUCAACCAGUUCUUAACCAGCAGCAUCAGUCAGUCAACGAGUCCUUGACCAGCAGCAUCAGUCAGUCAACCAGUCCUUAACCAGCAGCAUCAGUCAGUCAACCAGUCCUUAACGAGAAGCUUUAAAUCGGUUGACUUCUCUCCCCCCCCCCCCUCGCUCCAUCACAUAGACAUACAGUAGUUCGAGUGACUCAGACUCAUCACUUCCGUACACACAGACAGUAUUGUUACAGUUGUUCUGUACACAGCAUGACUCAGAGAAUUAUUUGUAUAGCACCAAAUCACAACAAACGUAAUCUCAAGACUCUUUUACAAACAGAGCAGGUCUAGACCACUCUAUGUCAAAUUAUGAACA